UUUACCUAGACUAGGAAACUGAUUACUUGAGGGAAAACGAAACUUAGUUGUUGUUGGUUUGUUUCAUGUUCAUGUUUCUUUGUCUUUGUGUAUAUGCAGUAAAAUGGCAGAAGCCAGUAUUUUAUGGGCUCAGGAUCAGUUCAGCUGUUCAAUCUGUUUGGAUCUAUUGAAGGAUCCAGUGACUGUACCAUGUGGACAUAGUUAUUGUAUGAGCUGUAUAACAGAUUAUUGGGAUCAGGAUGAGGAUGAUGAUAAUGAGGAAGAGGGAGUCUACAGCUGCCCUCAGUGCAGACGGGCCUUCACACCAAGACCUGUUUUAGGUAAAAAUGUAGUGUUUGCUGAAAUGAUAGAGAAACUGAUUAAACUUCAGACUCCUCACCCUGCUCCAUGUUAUGCUGGUCCUGGAGAUGUGGAGUGUGACAUCUGUAGUACUGAAAGAAAACACAAAGCUGUGAAGUCAUGUCUGGAGUGUCUUGAAUCUUACUGUCAAUCUCACUUUGAACGGCAUGAAGAAUUUCGCUCAGGUAAACGACACAAAGUGACUGAUGCCACUGGAAGUUUGCAGGAGAUGAUCUGCCCUCAGCAUCAUAAGCUUCUGGAGAUUUUCUGUCGUACUGACAAGCAGUGUAUUUGUAUGAUGUGUACGGUGUAUGAACAUAAAAAUCAUGAUACUGUAUCAGCCGAAGCAAGGAGGACAGAGAUAGAGAAAAACUUGAUGAAGACGCAGAAAAAACUCAAGAAGAGCAUUGAGCAGAAGCAGAAAGAUCUUCAGGAGGUGAAAGAGGCUGUGAGGUCUUAUAAGCGCUCUGCACAGACAGCAGUGGAGGACUGUGAGAUCAUGUUUACUGAGCUGAUCUCAUCCAUUGAGAAAAGUCGCUCUGAAGUGACACAGCUGAUCAGAGAUCAGGAAAAGACUUCAGUGAUUCCAGCGGAGGAACAACUGGAGCGAAUGAAGCAGGAUAUUGAUGCUCUGAGGAGGAGAGAUGCCGAGCUGGAGCAACUUUCGCAGACACAUGAUCACAUCCAUUUCCUCAAGGUUUUUCAAGGUAUCUCUGCACCACCUGAAUCUACAGUCAUCUUCCCAGUCAGUCCUGUCUGCUCUUUUAAUGGCAUUAUUAAAUCUAUCUCUAAGCUGAAAGAGAGACUGGAGACUCUUUGCAACCAGGAGGUUGCAAGGAUUUCUGCUGGAGGCAGAGACGCUUACAGUUCACAUCCCAGUCUGCUCACAGACUCAUGCAUAGCAACACAGGCUAGAGUCUUAGAGACUGAAGAGGUCAUUCCAGUCUUGGAGGUUGUUCCAGUUUUGGAAACUGAGGAGGUCACUCAAGCCUGGGAGAAUGAGGAGGUUGUUUCAUUCUGGGAGACUGAAGAGGUCACUCCAGUCUUGGAGACUGAAGAGGCUGUUCCAAUCUUGGAGACUGAUGAGACCGUUCCAAUCUUGGAGACUGAAGAGGCUGUUCCAAACUUUGAGACUGAGGAGGUUAUUCCAAUCUUGGAGACUGAGGAGGCCAUUCAAGCCUGGGAGACUCAGGAGGUUGUUCCAGGCUUGGAGACUGAGAGGAUUUUUUCAUUCUGGGAGACUGAGGAGGAUGUUCCAGUUUUGGAAACUGAUAAGGUCCUUCAAGCCUGGGAGACUGAGGAGACGGAUCAAGUCUUGGAGACUGAGGAGGUUGUUUCAUUGUGGGAGACUGAGGAGGAUGUUCCAGUCUUGGAGACUGAGGAGGUCAUUCAAGCCUGGGAGACUCAGGAGGUUGUUCCGGGCUUGGAGACUGAGAGGAUUUUUUCAUUCUGGGAGACUGAGGAGGAUGUUCCAGUUUUGGAAACUGAUAAGGUCCUUCAAGCCUGGGAGACUGAGGAGACGGAUCAAGUCUUGGAGACUGAGGAGGUUGUUUCAUUCUGGGAGACUGAGGAGGAUGUUCCAGUCUUGGAGACUGAGGAGGUUGUUUCAUUCUGGGAGACUGAGGAGGGCGUUCUAGACUUUGAGACUGAGGAGGUUGUUUCAUUCUGGGGGACUGAGGAGGUCAUUCAAGCAUGGGAGACUGAGGAGGCCGUUCCAGACUUUGAGACUGAGGAGGUUGUUUCAUUCUGGGGGACUGAGGAGGUUGUUUCAUUCUGGGAGACUGAUGAAGUUGAUCCAGUCUUGGAGACUGAAGAUGUUUUUCAGGCCUGUGAUACUGAGGAGCCCAGUGCAAUCUUGGAGUCUGAGGAGGAAUGUUUAUUCCGGGAGAUUGAGGAUGAAGAGGUUGGUUCAUUUUGGGAGAAUGAGGAUGAAGAGGUUGGUUCAUUCUGGUAGACUAACGAUAAAGAGGUUGAUUAAUUCUGGGAGACUGAUGAGGUUGUUCCCCCUGCCUGUCUUUAGUUCCACUUCUGUUUAGUUCCACUUCUGUUUAAUGCCCUUGUGUCUGUUAUCUUGUGUUGGUUCAUUCUUGCUGUCUGAUGCUGUGUCUUGUGUUUUCCAUGGCCAGCUAAGCCUAGUUUUUCUUGUUUUUUUUCUGCUUUGUUUUUAAAUAAAAAAACAGCAAUCUUUAAUACAAUAAUUGAAUUCAAUACAUAAAUAAUACAUCAUUCUUCAUUCUAAUUAAAAAAAAAAUCUUAACCCCCCUGUGUAUGACCCAUUUGUUCUAGAAUAGGAGUGAAUGUGAUCCUAGUGCAGGAACUCUGAACCCUUAGCAACUCUGAAGCAAUGACCCUCAUCCACGAGGUCCAAGCCACAUUUAUAUUCAGCCUCUUUGUCUAAGGUUUGAAUCUGUAUCUGCCAUGUGCUUGAGCAGAAGUGUUAAAGAGCACCUAUUUUAUUGCUAAAAACAAUGCUAUUUUGUGUAUUUGGUAUAAUACAGUGUCUUCGCGUGGUUUAUGAUUUUCACAUACUGUACAUUUUUGUAACCCUAACCCUAAAACGCACAGAUUUUGUACAAGACACAUUGAUGUGAAAAGUGAUGUGUCCUUGAUUCGCCAGUUAUUCUGUAUGUUGUGAUUGGCCCAAAUACCGCUGACGGCAGGCGGAAAUGUGACACUCCUUACCAUGUUUGAAAGAUUUGCUCACAAUGCAAUGCUCACAGGAGUUAAUUUACAGGCUGUGAGUCCGAAGCGGGAGAAAUGAUAAUAAUGUCGGCCUUUACUACAUCACCAAUCUCAGGAAGUAAACUUUUGCCUACAAUCCGUGUGUUGUUUGUAGUCCGAGAAAAGAGAUUCACGAUGGAGACGAUAACUCGCGUCGUCGUUUACUUUGGGGUUUGUACCUUUUGCAUAUCAUCGACAUGUACU